GGGAGCGCGGGCCGGGGCUGGUUUUCCUCCCUCGGCUUCCCUUCAUGCUGUCCUUGGGUGUCUCCGCGGGCCGAAGCUUCUGCAGGUACCCCGUGCAAGAAAGACCUCGCCUCACCUGCAAAGGAGGCAGGUGGUCCAAGGAUUUUACUCAGAAUGACAUUAGGAACAGAAAUUACUUCAGCUUUCAAGGCCUCAUCCUGUAGUGCAGCAGACCGAAACUUCUUGAAAUGGGAUUUGCCGCCAGAGCAGAUUAGAACAAGGACUGAAGAACUUAUUAAGAAAACAAAGCAAAUCUAUGACAGCAUUGGAAUGCUUGAUAUGGAAGAGGUUACUUAUGAGAACACUGUACAGGCUUUAGCAGAUAUAGAAGUGGAGUAUUCAGUGGAAAGAAGCAUGCUGGAUUUUCCACAACAUGUCUCACCCGAUAAAGAUGUCCGUGCAGCAAGCACAGAAGCUGAUAAGAGACUUUCUCACUUUGAUGUUGAGAUGAGCAUGAGAGAAGAUGUAUUCCAAAGGGUUGUCCAUUUACAGCAAACAUGUGACAUUGAGACUUUAAGGCCUGAAGCCAAAAGAUACUUGAAGAAGUCAAUAAAAAUGGGGGAAAGGAAUGGUCUCCAUCUUCCUACAGAAGUACAAAAUGAAAUCAAGAUAAUAAAGCAGAAACUGAGCGAACUAUGCAUUGACUUCAGCAAAAACCUCAAUGAAGAUAAUACAUUCCUGAUAUUUUCUCAAGAUGAACUUUGUGCCCUUCCUGAUGAUUUCAUCAGUAGUUUGGAGAAGACUGAAACAAACAGAUAUAAAGUCACCUUAAAAUAUCCACACUAUUUUCCUGUUAUGAAGAAGUGCAGUGUUCCAGACACCAGAAGAAGAAUGGAAGCUUCUUUUAACUCCAGGUGUAAAGAGGAAAAUGUUAACAUUCUUCAACAGUUGCUUCCUUUGAGGGCAAAACUAGCAGGACUUAUGGGAUACAACACACACGCCAAUUUUGUUCUUGAGCUGAACACUGCACAGAUCACAGACAAUGUUACAGCGUUCUUAGAUGACCUAAGUAAUAAGCUGAAGCUUUUGGGUGAGGCUGAGAGAGAGUUUAUUCUAAACCUUAAGAAAAAGGAGUGUGAAGAAGCAGGGUUUGAAUACGAUGGCAGGAUUAAUGCAUGGGACCUGCAUUAUUACAUGAAUCAGACAGAGGAGCUCAAAUACUCUGUGGAUCAAGAAAAGCUGAAGGAGUAUUUUCCCAUUGAAGCCGUCACAGAAGGAUUGCUGAAUAUUUACCAGCAGCUGCUUGGACUUGUAUUUGAACAAGUGGAUGGUGCUCACGUUUGGCACGAGAGUGUCACACUUUACACUGUAAAGGACAGCUCAACAGGUGAAGUUUUAGGGCAGUUCUACUUGGACCUGUACCCAAGAGAAGGAAAGUAUGGUCACGCAGCUUGCUUUGGACUCCAGCCCGGCUGCCUCCUCUCUGAUGGCAGCAGAAUGAUGUCAGUAGCAGCCUUGGUAACCAACUUCACAAAGCCAACACUAGAUCGCCCAUCACUGCUGCGACAUGAUGAGGUGAAAACCUACUUCCAUGAGUUUGGACAUGUAAUGCACCAGAUAUGUGCACAGACUGACUUUGCUCGGUUUAGUGGAACUAAUGUGGAAACAGACUUUGUAGAAGUACCUUCACAAAUGUUUGAGAACUGGGUUUGGGAAAAAGAACCUCUACAAGAAAUGUCAAGGCACUAUAAGGAUGGCAGCCACGUCCCAGAUGAUCUCAUUGAAAAACUGGUUGCUUCUAGGCUAGCCAACACAGGUCUUCUGACACUUCGUCAGAUUGUGUUGAGCAAGGUUGAUCAGUCUGUCCAUACAACAUCUUCUGCUGAUCCCGCUAAGGAAUAUGCCAAGUACUGUGAUGAAAUUUUAGGAAUACCUGCAACCCCAGGUACGAAUAUGCCAGCUACCUUUGGACACCUGGCGGGUGGCUACGAUGCCCAGUACUAUGGCUACUUAUGGAGUGAGGUUUUCUCAAUGGAUAUUUUUUACAAUUGCUUUAAGAGGGAAGGAAUAAUGAAUCCAAAGGCUGGAAUGAAAUACCGAAACCUGAUCCUGAAGCCUGGAGGCUCAUUAGAUGGAAUGGACAUGCUCCAAAACUUUUUAGGUCGCAAGCCAAACCAAAAAGCCUUUUUAUUGAGUAAAGGAUUAUAUACUUAAUAAAACUAUGGUCUCCUUGUAAUCAGAUGUCACCUGGGGGAAUUAGUCUUGAAAUGCCUGUUGGUUUCAUGUCCUGAAAGGUGAAAGCACAAGAGUUUCUCAUCAGCAAAGAUCUAAUUGUUUUUUCUAAUGUUUUUAUUACUGCUUUUCAACGUUCAUAAUUCUCACUGUCGCCUCAAAAUCCACACUGAUUUUUGUAAUGUACUUUACUGAAACUCUUGCUUUUUUAUUAGUAAAUUAUAUGUGGAAUGUGAUGAAGUCAUAAAAUGAAAACAACAUUGUUGUAAUUUUUUUAAUCAGGUACAGGUGUUGAAUAAAUACAACAUAAAUAUU